UUUAAUUACGAAACGGAAGAAACAAGCCAAACAACCAUUGCAUGUAGUCUUUGUGUCACUGGUGACUUUACUGAUAAAGGCUCUACUUAAACGAGAUCCAAUCAGUGUUCUUCUAAUGAUCACAUUCGGUCUCUCCUUUGAGUUGCGCAUGCGACUGUAGGCACCACACUAGCAGUGAAGCUGGUAACGUCCUUCGCUUUUCUUCCAUUCAUAAUCCGAUCCGGUCUUGAUUUCAUCCAGUUGUGGCUUUUUCUCCUCUUCAUUCUCAAGUGCUAUAGCUUGUUCGCUAAAUUCCUUCCCGAUACCCCUUCAUCAAUUCUCAGCCAACCCAAACCCUAGCCUUGGAAAAUACACAAAGUCAAGCUACAUUUAGGGCUCCCAAUCCUUCGUUUUUCUUCCAUUCAUAAUCCGAUCCAGUCUUGCUUUCAUCCAGUUGUGGCUUUUACCCCUCUUCAUUCUCAAGUGCUAUAGCUUGUUUGCUAAAUUCCUUCCCAAUACCCCUUCAUCAAUUCUCAGGCAACCCAAACCCUAGCCUUAGAAAAUCUGGUGAUUCUUCGAGUGGUUUGACCUAAUUUGAUAAUCUAAGAAUCUCAAAUCUGUUUGAGAGGCAUCAAGAAUUAGAAAUCCUUUGUGAUAUCGUCUCGUGUGUGAGAAGAUCGGACAACACAAAUGUUGGAAUAGGUGAGAGUGGUGAUCGUGAUAGAAAGGAUGCAUCUCACUGUUUGACUUCAGAUAUAGCUUUCCCGUGGCUGAAAAGGUCGUGACCACUAUUUAUUUUGACAAAGCUGGUGGCAAUAACUGUGAGGUUCCAAAAUAUACUGAAGAACCUCCACUGGUUGAGGGCGAACAUUUUGAGUGCUCAAGUCAUUCAUCCCAGAAAAAUCAUCUCCGGCAGUCUGUUUCUCUCAUCAAGAACACAAGAAUGAAAGAAUCUCAGCUAUCGCUGCCAGAAAACCCUAGCAAUGGUUCAGACUUAAUGGUCGAUUGGGUUAGAGUUUGUGAUACCUGUGGGGAUGUAGGAGUUGAGUCCUCACUUGUUUCUUGUAACAAGUGUCCUGAUGGGGCUGUACACACUUAUUGUAUGCGUGUUAAGCUGUUUGAAAAGCCUAAACAUUGGGUGUGUGAAGACUGUGCACCAACGGCAGGAACUAACAAAUUAGUGGAAGAUGACGUUGAAGUAGGUGGUAGAAGAAACACAGGACAUUUAUCAAAAAGUUCAAUAAACCUUGAAUCUAGUGAAGGUGCAAAAUUCAACUCUAGAUCUUCAUAUCCUAGUAAAAGUAAGACAAUUGGUGUAAGCUUGACAGGUAAUUUAUCAGAUAAAAGACAUGGAGUCCCUUUAGAAGCUCUGACAGCUCAAAAAGCCAGGGCUACUGAAAGAAGAGCUGUAUCCUCUAGGUCUUCCGAACCCUGUGAAGACUCCUUGCUUUCUGAAGACUUCUCAUGCGAGGAAUCUGAAUCGGUCCAAACAAAAUCAGUCAAUGAUUUUGUUUAUUCUUUUCCACCAAGGUCUGACAUUUCUCAAGAGAACGAAAAGGUUCCUCGUGCUUGUGGUGAUAAAAAAUGUGUCAGCACCUUAGCUCAGUUAGAUGAGAAAAGUGGGGCUCUUGAGGGAAGUAUUAUAUCUCACCAAACUUCCACGACACACAACCAUUCUUCUCUUGGUAGGGAAGCUCCAUCUGAGAAGUUGGGGAAGGUGAAAUUCGGGGCUGCUGGUACAGCAACUUCUCUGAAACCAUCUUCCAAUGGUUCAUUCUUAAAGGAAAAGGAAAAGUUGACCUAUGGUUUAGGUGAUGGAUCACCAAAUUUGGAAUCGCAAACUGACAUAGCACAAAGUAAAUGCUCUCUUUCUGGAGGCUCUCUGUUGAAGUCAAACUCUUCCGAAGCUGCGAAUUUGAAACCUAAAGGACAGCUGGCAAAGGAUGGACGUUUGCAAAAGCAGAAGGUUGAGAAAGAUCCGUCUUUUCAUGAUGAUAGAAAGGGAAAAGGUCCUAAAACGGUAUCUAUGGCAUCUGAUUGUGCGUUUUCAAAGGAAUCAAAUGCUAUUGGUUCUAAGGUUCUCCCAGCAGAUGCGUAUGUGCUAAAUAAUCCUCCAAUGAGCUUACUAGCUUCUGAUUCUGCUGUAACUGCACUAAAGAAGGAAAAAGGAACUAUUUCUGGUGGUGAUUCUUAUUUUUCAGGAUCCCGUUUUUGUAAUCCUGAUGUUGUUGGAGGUUCAGGACAAUCAGAUCAUAGAUCACGGCGAAGCAUUUACAAAUCUCACAAAGAUUCAGGAUCCCGUUUUUGUAAUCCUGAUGUUGUUGGAGGUUUAGGACAAUCAGAUCAUAGAUCACGGCCAAGCAUUUACAAAUCUCACAAAGAUUCAAACUCUACAAAUAAAAAGAAGAAAAAUGUGAGCCAACAAGCUAAACACCCUGCAAAAGUUGUUGCUCCUAUGACUGGUCCUGCUUCUGGUGAAAUGUGCCCCUUGAGAGACUUGGCCCAGGUUGAGGCAACAGCCCUCUUACAGGGCUGUGUCGUCCCAAAUACUGAUCAUUCAUGGCUAGGCAAAUUUCUGAUACACAACAGUGAGGGCAUUCCAAGGAAUUGUGAUGGGAUUCUAGCUCAUUUAUCAAAUUGUGCAUCACUUGGAGUUGUUGAAGUUGUUGACAGGCUUCCUGGGAUUAUUUUAUUGGAGGAACUACCUCGCUUAAGGAUUUGGCCACCUCAAUUUAUGGGAAGUCGAGUCACUGGAGAAAAUAUUGCCCUCUACUUUUUUGCAAAGGAUGUUGAUAGCUAUGAUACAUACUAUAGAGGAUUGAUGAAUAACAUGAUCAAUAAUGAUUUAGCUCUGAAAGGAAAUUUGGAUGGGGUUGAGCUUUUAAUUUUUCCAUCCAACGUUCUGCCCGAGAGAUCCCAGCUUUGGAACCAGAAGAUGUUCCUCUGGGGUGUAUUCAAAGUGCAAAAGGUGAAUAACUUAGCAAACACACCAGUCUCAAAUUCUCUGAAGCAAGGAAAUAGAGAUACGGUGAAAAGGGGGGCAAUUGAUCUCAAUGUGUAUACUGAAGAUGCAAAUGUUGACAGAGGUCUUAAUCUUACAGUGCAGGGUAGAAGCACAACACCAGAAAAUGGUUCUGUUAGGAUUGAGCACCAUGUUAAGGAGCUACCAACAUCACUCUCUCCUGCACCGCCUUCAACUGUGGAAAAUAUGGAUCGGCGUGAUUGGGACGCUGCGGAAGCUUUGAUUCUUCUCUCUAGUGUACAGGGUAGAAGCACAACACCAGAAAAUGGUUCUGUUAGGAUUGAGCACCAUGUUAAGGAGCUACCAACAUCACUCUCUCCUGCACCGCCUUCAACUGUGGAAAAUAUGGACCGACGUGAUUGGGACGCUGCGGAAGCUUUGAUUCUUCUCUCUAGUGGUUUGUUUUGAAUGAAGAAAACCUCUUAUUUAUACUUUACCCUUUUAUGUUCAUGUGUUUUGUUUGUCACUGGAUCACAGUGAUAUUAAUAAUCCGUGGUACAUACAUUUGUACCUAGAACGUGGGCAUGCCUUGUUUGUUUUCCAUUCUAGUAUCUGUUUUGGUGCCUGUGUAAUGGCCAUUGUUACUGCUGGAGGGGCUGGACAGUAUUAUUUGCUGGAGAGGAUCCAAAUUCAUUGGAGUAUUUAAUCA